ACUCCAUCAAGCAACCGUCAACGUUGUGUUUCCCCAGAUUUUCAAUCUAGAAUUUAUUGCGGAGCAGUGCCGAAAAUGGGCCCGACGUGAAGACGCAUGCAAAGCUUUCCGAUGCCCAACCAACAAGAGGAAAACAAGCAACGAGAUGGUGUCGAGACAGUAUGGGAGCGGAUGGAUGAAUGGACUUUCGUUUGGGCGGCCUGCCAUCGCUUGGUCGGUACCCCAACCGAGGGCCGCUCUUCCAUAGCAUUAACAGUCGGUCAACCCCAGCCUUUUCCCCUGCUUGCGUUUCUUUCCUUUUCCCCUGUCUUGGAUUUCUGGGACCCUGGCAUCGUUUGGUGUCAUCGCCCCGUCUCUUGCCAGCGCUGCGUCGAGGUGAUGCUUCUGCUGCAAGGCUUUAGCUUCGCCUGGCACACGACGUCGCCAUAAAGGAUUAUCAUCACUGUUCAUCUCAACUGCGACCAUCGUCAUGUCAUCGUCGGACGACGACGCAGAGGUCACCAUCACAGGGCAAAAGAUCGACCCCAUCCGCGCCGCAGAGAGUAACUCGAACGUAUUCAUCGCUGUCGUCUGCGUCGUUUGGAGUCUCGCGUUCUGCACGGCGCUCGUCCGGUUCUACACAAGGGCGAUCGUGGUGAGGUCGUUUGGGAAGGAUGAUAUCUUUAUGGUGUUGGCCGUGCUCUGCGGCAUAGGAGGUCUCGCCGCCUGGAUAGUAGGCUGCCACAACGGCUACGGCCAACACACCGACACCAUCCCACGAGACAGGUGGAAGAUCCUACUCGAAGCUCAGUUCUUCCAAUCCGUCAUUGAAGCCUCCUUCGCUUUUGGCUUCCUCAAAAUCUCAAUCGCCCUCUCGCUGUUACGCCUCAGCAGGGGAAAGUGGUACAAAUGGAUACUCUGGGGCCUGAUCACGUUCACCGUCUUCUACACAUUGUUCGCCUUCAUCACCUUCAUGACGAGAUGUCAACCGGUUUCAGGGCAGUGGAAUCCGGACAUCAAGCCAAAGUGUUAUGGAAAGGUCAUGUAUAGGAAUUUCGGACUGUUCAACACGGCAUGCAACAUCUUUACCGACCUGUCAUUUGCCACGCUGCCGAUUCCACUCAUUUGGAGCCUGCAGCUGCAGAGGAGGCUUCGGAUUUAUUUGAUUGCUAUUCUGAGUGGCGGCUACUUUGGUAGCGCCGUUGGUCUGGGGAUAGCGAAAGGAAUCUACAUCAUCGCCUACGUCAACAACACCGACGGCACAUUCUAUCCCUACGCCCCCUUCUUCGGCUCUCUUCAACUAGACAUAGGCAUCAUCGCCGCCUGCGCCCCCACCCUCCGCCCCCUCCUCGGCCGCUUCCUCCGCCUCUCCCCCAUCGCCUACCGCGAAGCAAACUACUACCGCGCCGGUAAGGCUCUCGACCGAUUACCCCUCCACUCGCGCCACCCGGGACGAGACACGAGCAUCAACGGCAUUCGAGCCGCCUACCUCCGACAAAACACCGAGCUUGACCUCGAAGAACGACAGUUUAUUGAGCUCUUAACAGGGGAGAAGAGAGGGAAGUGGGGAAAUCAUGCCACAGCGUUGCACAUGGAGUACGUCCGCUCACCCCCGGUCAGAAGCACCAAGAUUACGAGUGGGGGGGAGACAGAGACGAUUGUUCAGGGCGGGGUUGGGGUGGCGGAUAAGGGACAGGGGAGUGAUGAUGAGAGGGAUUUGAUAUUGCCUGCAGGUUUGAGAGGCGAGGAGGGGGGGUUGAGGGGGAUUGUGAAGACGACUGAGUUUAGGGUUGAGAAGUGAAGUGAAGGGGGAUACCCGGGUUGUACCAUUGUUAAGGCGUCUUUGGCGCUGGGUGUGUAAUAUGAAUCAAGAAGUUUGUUUGUGCGAAGAGAUGAGUGCGCUGCACUCAAUUAAAACAAAGCUUCUUCCA